CCCGGAGCAGCAACUGUGUGCACACAUCCGCCCAUUUUUCCGUAUGUCCGUCUUGAAACACACCAGCACGUAGCAGCGUUCCGCAAUGAAAACAGGAUGUUGCGGUACAGACCUGAGACCUCUGAUAAGCUUGUCGGGGAGUUUCUUGGAACUGGACCCGUAAUCAGAAACAAGAUGAUUAAAAACUGGGGCGUCAUCGGUGGUCUUGCUGCUGCGAUUGCAGCUGGAGUUUACGUUUUGUGGGGCCCAAUUACAGACAGAAAGAAGAGAAAGAGAGGUAUGGUUCCUGGUCUGUUGAACUUGGGCAACACCUGCUUUCUGAAUUCUUUGCUUCAGGGUUUGGCAGCAUGUCCGUCUUUUAUCGGGUGGCUGCAGAAGCUUUCAGGUUCACCUACGAACCUGUCCUCCACAGACAACCGGCUGUCCAGCACACUGCUUCAGGUGCUCAAAGCUCUGUCCAGUGACGAACCUGGAGAGGAAGAUGUUCUUGAUGCUGGAUGCCUCCUGGACAUUCUCAGACUGUACCGGUGGCACAUUAGUUCAUUUGAAGAGCAGGAUGCACAUGAACUGUUCCAUGUCCUUACAUCUUCUCUGGAGGAGGAGCGGGAUCGUCAGCCUAAAGUGACUCACUUGUUUGACAUGCAUUCCCUUGAGAGUCUCCCUGAUCAAGAUGAGAAAACCAUGACCUGCAGAAGUCGAGCGCCUCUCCAUCCAAUACCAAAUCACUGGAAGUUUCAGCAUCCUUUUCAUGGCCGUUUAACAAGCAACAUGUCAUGCAAGCGCUGCAGACUACAAAGUCCAGUGCGAUAUGACUCAUUUGAGAGUCUCUCCCUCUCCAUCCCUUUACCUCAUUGGGGUCAACCUCUCUCUCUAGAUCAGUGUCUUCAGCAUUUCAUCUCCUCAGAAACCAUCAAAGAAGUGGAGUGUGAGAACUGCACAAAGCUUCAACAAGAGAACACAGUGAAUGGCCAGUUUCUGAAAAGUCAGAGGACAACAUUUGUGAAACACCUAAAACUUGGGAAGCUCCCCCAGUGCCUCUGCAUCCACUUACAAAGACUGACGUGGUCCAACGAAGGAACUCCCGUCAAAAAACAGGAGCACGUGCAGUUCACAGAGUAUCUGUCGAUGGACCGAUACAAACACAACAUUUCCUCGCAGAGAAACGCGCAGCUCCCGUGUGCACCAAAGCCCAAGAAAGCUGAAGAUACAGACGGUGUCAUUGAAAAGUCCACAGCCAAUGGCACUGACACAGAGCAUCACAACAACAACAAACCUUUUUUCAAUGGAAACUGUUCAUCUUUCUUUCUUCACCCUCCUGGUGUCAACCCACAGCUCAACGUCACAUACGGCUUCAGUUCUCCAGAGUACCUUUUCCAGCUCACAGCGGUGCUGGUUCACCACGGCGACAUGCACUCGGGGCAUUUCGUGACUUACCGCCGCAGCCCUUCCUCACCACGCGGCUCGUCGUCCCUCAGUUCCCAGUGGCUGUGGGUGUCAGACGACUCGGUGCGAAAGGCCACUCUGCACGAGGUUCUGUCCUCCAACGCUUACAUGCUCUUCUACGAGAGAGUCCGGAGACCGAACCUCGCCCUGCCUUCAGAGGAGUGACCCGAGAGACUGACUGACCGACUGACUGACUGGAUGUUUUUUUCCAAACUGUGGCAGCGACGUGAAUCCGUCACAACAUGGUUCUGAAUUGGUGGAUUAUGACUUUGAGACCGGAGAGGAAAGCCAGUGUAGAGUUGUUGUGGGAGCUGAUUUUGUAUCAUGGAUCACAACAACGCGUCAGAGAUUAUGGAAUGAUUUCUGACUUGAAAUCCAGCGGUGGACCCUUUGCCUGGACGUGUGUAAUCCAUAACACCGUGGACCUGCAAGAUGUUUUUUGUAACGGUGUCUGUCAUGUAACAUAGUGGCUUCUACAGGACAAAUCACAGCUCACGCAGGAUGUUUAGGUCAUAGCCCAGCUUUUGUUCAUGUGUGAGCGUUGACUCGGCAGAAGUAGCUUAUUAUAGUAGGAGUGAUGAUUUAGUGACAUUUUCUUUAUUGCAUUUGCGCUGUGAUUUGCAACAUUACGUUGUAAAUCCAUAGUUCUCAAAACUGGUAUGUGAGCUUCCUCUCGUGGUACUGGGGAGGAAAAUCAGAAAUACUGUUCUACUGUUUAUACCAGGGUAUGUGAUCGGAGUGGAGCUGAGAAAAUUAAACAAAUAACACAAAAAUAAGAAUAAUUAUAGUCACCUCAUCUCUCGCUCCAUCUUAAUCUAAAUGAUGUUAAUUGGAAUAUUAUCUGCCUCCUGUGUAAAGUCUGUAGCUGACUUUGCUCGACCUGUUUAUUUACGCCACUGUAUUUUAACGUUCAUGGUGAUAAGAGCUCAAUAUUUUCCUCAGGUGGUACUUGGUAUAAGAAGUUUGUGAACCACUGCUUUAAAUCAAGUUUCACAUCACUAUACUGUAAUACAUUUAAAAGGAGAUGGAGCAUCACAUCAUGAAACCAUAAAAAUAUUUUCUAAUGCAAGGUUUUUAUUAUGUAUUACAGUUUUCGGGCAUUGAAUAUGGAAAUCAAAACUUCCAAACUGUUUCAAAACGAGUUAAUUGUUCAGCCCUGCUUUGUGAAGAUGUUACUUGUGCUGGGUGUCAUACUUAAAUACUUGUGUGGUAGCCACUGAACGUUCUGUUCACCUCUCACCUGCAGGACGGAGGUUCUAAAGUGACAAACAAAUGUAACCAACCACUCGAGAGUGCAGAAAGUUAAUGAUCGGACCGUCUUAAGCUAAUUCAUUUUACCAUCAUGUAAUAUUUUGGUACAGGAUAUAUUUACAUUUAAGAAGCAGGGAAAAAUCAAAAAAACUUGUUUGCGUAAUCAUCCCCAGCAGUGUGCUUUGUCUCUCCUCGAUCAACACAGUUCAUAAGCUGUUGAAUAUUGAUAUUUUUGUACGUUUCUAAUAAUCCUUACCACUGUCAUGAUUUGCAGAGCUGCACAGUUGAGGUUAAAGUGCCAUGUUGUCUUUUAAUGUCCAGGGUCUUCAUCAUGUAAAUGCCAUGUGUGCUGCACGAAUCAGACGACCUCUGUGAGAUCUGUUUGACACGCUGCCGAUGUUUUAAGAGAUUAUGCUUUUGACGAAUAAAGCCAGAACAAGACUGCAGGUUUUUUGGACAAUUUAUUCUGAAUGUUGUUUUUUUUUUUUUUCACUCUGUGUAAAUGAUAAACUGCCAUUUUUGUGCCGACCGAACCAACAAAGUCAAAGUGAGAAGUGGCCUGGUGCAAAGCCUCUUGUUACUUUUGCAUAUUCUAAUGUAAAAUGUGUGUAUUUGUGUGCAAUCUGUAAAGAUUAUUGUUUUCAGGUAUUAAAAGAAAUAACCAAAACCUG